CUAACAAGGAAGAGAGGCAAACAAAAAUGCAUCGGUAAACUCAAACAAACGAAAAAAGAAAAGUAAUGAAAAAAUAUUUGAAAGAGUUUCUGUGUUAACAAUGACUGUCAAACUUUCGGCAGACAUUCUCUUUCUCUGCCUCCCUGUUACGGUGCUUGUGGGUCUGAUUCUGCAGGUGGUGGCCUUGACCUCCAGCUCCUGGGUGACAGUGGACCGGUACGUGGUGACCUACUGGAACCCUGUCCACAAGAAGCUCUACCGAGAUGACGACCACAUGCCACUGGGGACGGGGGCGGCCCACCGGUGGGAGCAGCUGGCCACAGCGGGGGUGUGGUCCGUGUGCUACAGCUUCCCGCACUUCCCCGACAACCACACGGCACCGUACUGUGCUCAGUUCAGUGAGGACUCGCAUCAAGACAUAUGGCUGUUGACCAUCCAAGUCCUAUCCACCCUGAGCCCCACCCUGUCCGCCCUGGGUCUUGUCAUGUGUGUCUUGGCGCCCCUGUUCGGCUGCUGCUGCGGCUCGGGUCGUCUGGUGUGGAUGGCGAGACGUCUGCUGGCGUGGAGUGGUUUGUUGGGGCUGGUUGCUGUGACGUAUUACCACGUGAUGAUGUCCAAGGAGUUUCUGGUCUAUUACGACACAGGACGUUACGAAAUGUUCAAAUGUUGGGGGUUUCACGCCUACCUCGACGGGGCCCUCAUCCAUCUCAUGGUUUGUCUAAUUUACAAAACGAACGAGAAAAAUCUGAACACGAUCCAGAAAAUUUAAAUCUUCAGACAUUUCGGCUGUUUGCUCUUAAAUUUAAUUUCUUGCAUGUGAAAUUUCACUAACACAAUAAAAACAAGAGUCUUUUGUAUGUG